CGGUGUAGCUCUUCCUGUUGCGGCCUCCUCUGAAGUGCAAGUUUCAGGUCCUCGUUCUUGCCCCGGCUGAGCCAGUAGCGAAAGCAGCCGGCGUCGGCUGGGCUUAAACUAAGAGGCAGUCUUUCUGCUCCCCCCGCCCCCUUCUCUCUACCAGACUCCCGCCCCUCGUGCCCGAGUGUCGCCGGGUCGCCCCGCCAGAGUCGCUUAUCGUGAGGGCUGGAUGUGGUUGCCUUCCAGUCCCCGCGAACUUCAGGGCAGCUGCUGAGUCCCCGAGCCUGCGGAGCCCUCAGCUUCCAAAGCCUCCAGCAUGCGCGUGUGGGCCCCUGUGGGUGUUCUGACCUCACUGGCUUACUGCUUCCACCAGCGGCGGGUGGCCCUGGCCGAGCAGCGGGCGCCGGAUGGCCAGCGUCCGGUGGACCGCAGUCUCCUGGAGCUGAAAAUGGUACAGGUCGUGUUUCGACACGGAGCGCGGAGUCCGCUCAAGCCACUCCCGCUGGAGGAGCAGGUAGAGUGGAGCCCCAAACUUUUAGAGGUCCCACCUCAAACUCAGUUUGAUUACACAGUUACCAAUCUAGCCGGCGGCCCGAGACCUCACUCUCACUUCGACUCAGAAUACCACAAGACCACCUUGAAGGGUGGCGUGUUUGCUGGGCAGCUGACCAAGGUGGGCAUGCAGCAGAUGUUCGCCCUGGGGCAGAGACUGAGGAAGAGUUAUGUGGAGGAUACCCCCUUCCUCUCACCCAUCUUCAACCCGCAAGAGGUCUUUGUCCGGUCCACCAACAUGUUCCGGAAUCUGGAAUCUACUCGGUGUCUGAUGGCUGGCCUUUUCCAACGUCAGAGAGAAGGAUCUGUCAUCAUCCAAACCGAUGAGGCCAGCUCUGAAGUCCUGUACCCCAACUCUCAGAGCUGCCGGGCCCUGAGAGACAAGACCAGAGGCCGGAAGAAGGCUGCCGUUUUGCAGCCAGGCAUCUCAGAGGAUCUGGAAAAGGUGAAGGCAAGUGUGGGCAUCGGCAGUGGUGAUGAAGUGGACUUCUUCUUUCUCCUGGACAAUGUGGCUGCUGAGCAGGUGCACAGCCUCCUAAGCUGCCCAGCGCUGCAGAGAUUUGCCCAGCUGAUUGAGCAGAGAGCUGUGGACACAGCCUUGUACAUGCUGCAACCGGAUGACAGGGAAGGUAUACAGAUGGCGGUGGGCCCAUUCCUGCACCUCCUGGAGGGAAACCUGCUCAAAGCUAUGGACCCCACCACCCCACCCGGCAAGACCAGAAAGCUGUACCUCUAUGCCACACAUGACGUAACCCUCAUACCUGUCCUAAUGGCCUUGGGGAUUUUUGACCACAAAUGGCCUCCAUUUGCUGUUGACCUGACCAUAGAACUCUACCAGCAUCAAGAGUCUAAGGAGUGGUUUGUGCAGCUCUAUUACCAUGGGAAGGAGCAGGUGCCACGGGGCUGCCCUGACAAGCUCUGUCCACUGGACAAGUUCUUGAGUACCAUGUCAGUUUACUCUGUAAGCCCAGAAAAGCACCGCACACUCUGCUCCCAAGCACGGAACUUGGAGACUGACUCGUUUACACAGACAAGCUGAUUUUUAAAUAAAGUGCCUUUAUAUAAAAGAGUUGAGGUUGAAGGGGGUUUCUC